AGAUCCCUUUCCGGUACUUGGAUUUCUCUUUCUGCACACCUCGCUGUGUGCAAGAACAUCGCAAAGCUAAUGCGCCAGCAGAAAAGAGCUAACAGACUCGAAAAGGAAGAGUGAAGUUCACCUCCCCCGGAGCCGCUCAACUCCUCCUCUUCCUCCAUGACCAGAAGAUUCUGUCAGCUUCAGUGAAGUCAUCUGAAAAGGAGAAGAAGACAUGAGACGAGAUGCUGUUCGGCUGCCGGGUAGCCGAGCCACUGUUGCUACUGCUGCUGCUGCCGGCGGCUUGUCUGGCAGAGAGCGGAGAGCCAGACAUUGACUUAGAGUCCCAAAUCAGCUGCACCUCGCACAUCGCCACCGCAGGUUGCAGUUUAACCUGUAAACUGACUGGCAGCAAGAGCGAGGACGACAAAGAUGACCGUGUAGAGUCGUUAAAAGCCUGUUUCUUUGUCCAUCUAGAGAACAAAAAAAGAUGCCUGUCGGUGCCGGGUGACUCGGUCACGUCUCCUAAACUGCGUCCCCUGCUCCAACUCGAGCUGAACAUCCGCCUUAGGAGUGAGAGAACCGUCAUGAAAAGAGUCCAACUGAAGGAAAUUGUUAAACCUCGAAGUCCAGAGGUUUGGAACAUGACUGUGAAGCCCGAGUCCAACCAGGCCGUGUUUCACAUUCGGACUCCCUAUGAGAACGACUAUCUAAAUGUUGAAAAUCAGCUUUUCCAGCUGUUCAUUUGGAACAUCGACAACAUGAUUCAAAAUGUGUCGUCGUCGGAUACGAUGGCCAUUGACCUGGAGCACCUCCAUAAAAACUCGAUCUAUCACGUCAAAGCGCGAGCAAUCCCACUCCGUUUUUAUAAGGGGAGCUGGAGCGAAUGGAGUAGCGCCUUCACAUUUUCCAUUCCCGAUGUCCAGACACAAAGUGACAAGAUGGAAAAACUGACGAGGAAGCUGGUUGUGUGUCUCCUCUCUCUGGUGGUGCUGACUUCCAUCCUUGGAAUCUUCUGGAAAAAAAAGAUAUUCCCUUACAUGUGGCCCAGCAUUCCACAUCCACAACCCAAUCUGCACAACUGCAAACCCAACAAAGUUGCCCUCCUACUCAACCUAAAACCCGAGGAAUUCAGUCCACUUAAUAUCCACCCGGUGGCCGAAUCAGUUGAGCAGGAGCGAGUUCAAGUUAUUCAUUGUGCAACCAGUGAUCUUACGCUGGCAACUGACCCCCAUUCAACCCAAAACUCCGACUGCAGUGUAAGCACGGAGGAACUGGAGCUUUCCCUCUCGCACGAUAGCAGUUGCUCCAACAGAGACGACAGCCUUCAGAGCUCCUCUUCGAUGCUUGUGGCCGCUGCUGUGCCGAGUCCAGGAGAACCUCUGCUGUUGGGGGUCUCUAAAAAGGAGGAUGAAUAUGUAACAAUGGCCAGUUUCUUUCAGGUUAAGUAGAUUCCUGGUUGAGAAACAAGGAUCUGACAUAGAAACAGGCCUUUUGUGCCCAAACCACACACGUCAGUGCAGAAACGAAAGUGAAAAUGUCUGAGAGCAUGUGAGUCUACGAAUUAUGUUCCGCUCAUAUUCAUAUGUGAUGACACAUAUCAAAAGUGGGCCACGUCACCAUUUAGCAUAAAUGCAGUCCGGGGAAAUCGGUUAAUUCGUGUUUCGAACAUAUUCAUCAAUGUGUUUUCUGAGGUUUUUCUAUGAGUUAUGUUUGUAUGACUUUAUUUUUCACUGAUGCAUUGAUGUGUAACAUUGUAGCAAGGAGAAGCAAAGCGAGUCAAUGGAAGGCACAAUGAGGAGAACCUUUUUUGGAUCUUUGCAAAGCUGCUAUUUUCUGAAGGUAUUUUUGCAUGUUUCUUCAUGCUUCGUUGGUUUUGACAGAUUUUUGUUGUUAUUAUUCUUCAUGGGACAGGAUGUGGACGUAUGGAACAGGAUGUGUUGCUGUGGCAAACGCAUUUGCUCAAGGCUGCAACUUUGUGUUUAUGCCGCUAUAAACAUGCCUCUUUUUUUUUGUCGUUGAAUCUAAUGGCAGAACCGCUGCUGAUGAAAUAUCCUGUGUCUAA